CACGGACAGACGCACACACGUGACCGGCAUUCAACUGCGCGACGGCAGCGAAUCAGCGAGCGGCAUGUCCCAUUUGUCCCAUUUCCACAUCCCGCACACGUCGCCGCUCGUCUCCCGCUGUCACCUUGGAGCACGGCCCCUAAUCCUUCAAAGCUGCCGCAAUCAAUAACUCGCUCUCGCACACAAACUCCAUAAUGUCCGACUCCGCAGCAUCCCCCGUCGUGCCCAGGACCGCCGCCGGCCUGCGAAGGCGCCAAACAGGCUCCUCCACCGCAGCCAGAUCGUCAACCUCGAGCAGGCCAGCCGCAGGGCCAGGUGGCAUGCUUCGUAUCUACACUGACGACUCGCCGGGGAUCAAAGUUGACCCCGUCACCGUCCUCGUCGGAAGCCUGACCUUCAUCGCUUCAGUUUUCAUCUUGCACAUUGUCGGAAAGUACACGCGUUAAACAGCAGCCCAAAACCGGCAAACACCGACCGCCUCGAAAUCAGCGCACAGCCCCCAACACAAGGUCGAUCUUCCAGAUUGGACUUGCUCACGUGUGUACUAUUCGCCUAGACGAGGAACUCAAACGGGAUGGGCGGGG